AUGCUCUUGAGAUGGCGGCAGCAGAGACGAGAGAAGGCCGAAGAUGGUCCAAAACACCUGUGGAAUUCGGUCUGGCUGUCCGGGCCGAUGUUGGGUACGUUAGCAGCCAUCUCUGCUAUCUGUGUGACAGCGCUCGCAGUACUUUGGCACUUCAAUGAGGAAGGCGAUGGAUUUACAUUGGUCACAACAAACCAUUACUCGUGGACCUAUGGCCCAACUGCCAUACUCGUUCUGAUUGUCGCGAUGUGGAGGCAGGUCGAUCAAUAUUGCAAGGCUCUGGUUCCCUGGCAACGGCUGAAGCAAGGCAAUGCCAAUUCAGCUCAAAGUGUCCUGCUCGACUACGUCUCGCCUCUACAACCAAUCAGUCUCUGGGAAUCCUUCAAAAACAGGCAUCGAGUUGUGUCGACAACGAUCAUUUCCUUCGUCGUCUUGAAGCUGAUCACCCUUCUGUCCACGGGCCUAUUUUUUACAGAUGGACGUGUUGUUACCACUCCGGGAAUAGUCUUUACUGGGACCACCAUGUUUGAUGCUUCUUCGUUUAAUGCGACAGCAAAUCUCGAAGUUGCCGAUUCAUCAUUCUUUUACAGGGCCUACGCGGUCAUGGUCAAGGGUCUGGCUGAUACUGAGGGCAUUCAAGGCCCUAUUGUCUACCAGGCCAUGUUGCCACCGGCAUAUGCACAAGCUGUCAACGCUACUAUUACAACGAUCGUGGAUACCUUUGUACCUUCAUUCAACUGUGAAAAAGCUGCUGUGACCGUGAAUUUGCAGCCGGCAAACUCAACAGAGCGGCACCCCGAAGAUUCGAUAACCUUGCUUUCCCCGAGAUGCAAUCUUCUUGCUGGCGCACAGCCGGUUUAUGCUCUCAAUCCUGCAUUAUACGAAUGUCCCAAACGGCAGUUGAGCGGGCUGAUGCAGCGAGUCGAUUGCUCCGGCGAGGACACAUCGAACCCCACUGGAAAUUGGCAGCUCUUAACAAUGACCGAUAUGCGCUAUGAGCAGACUGUGGCAAAUUCCACUGGAGACGCAAGCAGCAUAGAUUUUGAAGCUGAGUCUUGGUCAACCGGCGUGGCAAACAUGACAGGCAUUGUUUGCCGCCCAAGUUAUCUGAUCGAGAGGCGGAAUCUUACAUAUGACUUAUCUGAAAGGCCUUUCAAAGUGACGCUAGAGCCGGUGGCCACCCCGUCACCGCGCCCCCUGGAAGGCUUUUCUAACGAGGUACUCGGACAAUUAUUCAGCUCUGCCUAUGUGGACGCGGCACUUAUGUUUGGCAACAAAGCAGAUGAAGAAACAGCCGCCGAAUACCCAGACACAAUGUUCGAGACCAUGGCUCAGGUAAACGGUGGAGAUUAUGAGUCCCUGCUGGACCCAGACGUCAUGAUUCAAGCUGCCGAAACGGUCUUUGGUCAUGUUGCUGCUCAGAUCGUUGCAAAACAUCUAGUAAAGCAACAAAGUUCAACUUUGACCGGCCAGGAGACCGUUCUACAGGAGCGCUUGUAUAUCAGGGAGUUGACUGCUUGGUUGAUGGCUGGAGGAUUUAGCGCACUCAUUCUCUCAUCCUUGCUCAUCCUCUAUGAUCGGCCAAAGGAUGUUGUGCCACACAACCCAGAAGACCUCGUCAACACAGCCUUUAUACUUGCACAAAGUCCUGCCUUUGAGGCAAUCCUGAACUCUCAAUCAUCGACUGCGCAACCGUCAUUCGAUCAGCGGUUGGCUAAAUAUCAUUACUCCACGUACCUUAACAACAACGCCUUUCAGGGAUCAAACUUGGUCCUCGAUGUCCAGCCUUCAAGUGAUGGAGACGAGUCUCAGAUUCAAGGGAAGAAUGAGAUGUGGAAGCCACUAUUUCUUCAGCGUCCGAUGAUCGUCUUGACCUUGGUGCUCCCUGUCAUCCUUGUCGCUGUUCUCGAAACCCUGCAGCGGCUAUCUGUACGGGCAAUUGGUAUAGCAGCUUUAGAUGCAACCAGCAAUCUCUCUACGGCAGUCUACACCAGGUUCAUCCCCGCUCUGGCGAUGCUAUUGAUUGCUACCUGUUUCAACGCGCUGGAUUUCAAUAUUGCAGUUCUCGCGCCCUAUCAGGCACUGAAAACUUGUAAAGCUGGGGUGAGUCCUUCCAACUGCAGCCAACUGCUCGGUAAGAUACCAGUAGCUGCACUUUGGACUGCCGUUCGAAGCCGCUUUGGAAGUGCGGUCUUCUCUGGACUUGCGGCUCUCUUGGGAAGCGUGUUAACCAUCAUUGGUUCUGGCCUGCUUACCGUUGAGGAUGCGAGUACAUCCGCAAGCGCUGCCUUUGCUUUACAGAACGUUGACAGUUUCAAUAUGAGUUGGGCUCACAGCGUUCUCAACGACAAUGGAGCAGCUGUGGUCAGCAGUCUCAUUGAAGCAGCGAACCUGAGUUAUCCUCCAUUGACGCACGGAGAGUUGGCAUUGCCAAAGCUUCAGCCAGCCCAAGAAUACUCUGACAAAUAUGCCGACAACACUCUAUUAAGUGUCAAUGUACCAGCGCUCCGGUCAUCACUCAGAUGCGACAUUCUCAACAAGACUGCAUAUAACAUUACCGGGUUUUACAAUUCUCAUAUCUUGUCCUCUAGUGUUUCCAUUGACAUUUCCUACGAUCUCCCCCCUCAAUGUCUAUUUGGUGGCCCUGGCGGUAAUCUCUCUACUUUGGACGUUCAAUACUCUUUCCAGUUUCCAAGUUCUACCAACACAAGUUUCUUUGGCAAAAUGCUCGAUUUGCAUGUCGGGCCCUACUCCGGGCCCUUUGCAGAUAGCUCUGAUGAGAUCUCUCCAUAUACUCAACCCGACAACCCAAAGGGUUGUCCAUCUCUUGGAUUCAUUUACGGCUUUGCCGAUGCCAGCCAAAUAAACAGCAGUACCGUCUCAGCAAUGGUGUGUUAUCAGGUGGUCGAGGAAGUUCAAGCGAACUUGACACUUCUCACGCGAGAUCUUUCCGUCUCCGCAGACAAUCCUCCAAUAAUUGUGGCAAACUCUUCGUCAGACGAUGUGCUCAUCACUGGUAGUGACAGCAAGGACGUGCUUGGGAACGGCCUGACCUAUCGAAUUCAAGUCCACAUGGAUCAGUCCCUUUCUCUGUUCAACCAAACCCAGUAUUCUUCCAGCAGCUUAUCGGGCCCCGCGGUGGUGGACAAUUUUUUCCAGGCCGUUCUCUUCGGGAGGACGCCGAUUCGGCAAGAAUUAUUGAGCGAUGGCUCGGAAUCUUCUCAGAAACAAGUUCGCAUGGGCAUACAGCGAUUCUAUCGCAGAUAUAUGGCUCAAGUGAUCUCGAGCAACAUGCGCGUGAGCUUGCCGCCUUUGUCCUCGACGCAGCAGCAGCAGCAGCAGCAGCAGCAGGCGGCGGCGGAUGUGGUUUCUUCAGCACCGAGCAGCCCAUCAACGCUCACAGCAACGGUGCUGAACAUCCGGACUCCGGUCCUGCGUCAAAACAACGCCUCGAAGCUCACGCUUCAGGUGAUCCUGGGUGUCAUGUUCGUCUGCGGCCUGAUCGCCGUCCUGCUCAACCCGACAAAGGACGUGGUGCCGCAUAAUCCCUGCACGAUUGCGGGAUCUGCCGCCCUGUUGGCGGGGAGUCGGCUCGUCGAGGAGAUUGCAGAGCGAGGCCACGCUUCCUGGACCAGAGACGACCACGUCAGGUUACGGCUGGGGUGGUGGAAGGGAGAUGGGAACGCCGUGGACAAGUCGUCAUCAUCGUCAUCAUCAUUGGAGGGCCACGACUCAGAAGGAAAUUUCCCAGAAAGAUAUGGAAUCGACAAGGUGGAAAAGUUGGAGUGA